AUGCUCCCAUCCUGCCCCGCGGGCCCGUUUCCAUGGCAGAGCGGUGGGCGCCAUGGCCGCUGCUUUAGGCGGCGGGGAGCCCGGUGAGGGCGGCCUGAGGGCGCUGUACCGCUGGGUGGACGCCGUGCCGCUGUCCCGGCCGCGCAGGAACAUCGCCCGGGACUUCAGCGAUGGGGUGCUGGUGGCUGAGGUGGUGAAGUUCUUCUUCCCCGCCCUGGUGCAGCUGCACAGCUUUGUGCCCGCCAGCUCCACGCCGCAGAAAUUGGCCAACUGGGGCCACCUCAACAGGAAGGUUCUGAGCAAGUUGAACUUCUCCGUCCCCAGUGAGGUGAUCCGGCAGGUGGUGCAGUGCCAGCCAGGGGUGGUGGAGCAGGUGCUGCUGCUGCUGCGGCAGAAGAUCGAGGAGAAGCAGAAGCAGGUCAAGGCAGCGCCUGGCCACGGGCAGUUCUCUCUGCAGGAGCCGGGCCUGCAGGCAGCACAGGAGAUCAGCUACAUGGACACGGGCAAGGCCGGCUGCACCAAGGGGAGGAGCACAGGAGGGGGCUGCACAGGAGGGGGCUGCACACAGGAGACCCCCACGGCAGUUGGGGGCCAUGAGAUCCAGCAGCACGGUGCACAGUCUAUGGGGGAGAACACGGCCGCCAUGCGGCUGCAGCUGGCAGAGAGGGAGCAGGCGCUGCUCCUGGCACAGGAGACGGUGCAGAUCCUGCAGAUGAAGGUCCGGAGGCUGGAGCAGCUGCUGCAUCUCAAGGACACGCGGAUCGACGACCUGAGCCGCUGCCUGCAGAGAGCCCAGCUCCACAACCAGAACCAGAACCAGCUCCACAACCAGAACCAGCUCCAGCACCAGCCCCAGCCCCAGCCCCAGCUCCGUCUCCAUCAGCGCUGAGCACAGCCCGGCUUUGGCUCUUCCCGUCCCCAUUCAUUCGGUGCCUCCCACCCAGCCCAGCCCCGUUCCAGCCCCGUUCCAUGCGGGUGCUGCGCUGUGAUCCCUCCCCUGUUGUUUAAACCUCCCGUGGCUCCGGCAGCGGAACACGCGGCCCUGCGGGGUCAACGACCUUGA